GUGUGUGUGUGUCCAGUUGAAAAAAAAAGUGUGUGUGUACGUGCGUACAUGCGGGUGUGCGUACGUGCGUUGUUUGUGUGCAGAAUGAAAUGUGUUUUUCUUCUUCCUUUCUUCUUCUUUUCCCUUCAAGUCGUAAAGGCUUUAUUUCUUAGCCUAUGGAGCCUUCUCCAAAUAAUAUAACGAAUAAUAGACGCACUAGUAUCUCUACUCAGGAAACCCCAGCCUCACUAGUAGUAAAGAAAAAGUCUACUCGGGCCUGUGCACCUUGUAGAAAGCGAAAGGUCAAGUGCAACGGUCAAUACCCUUGUGAACGCUGUACAAGAUCAGAAACAACGUGCGUUUAUGAUAAACCUCAACAGAAAAAAGAUGCUCCCAAACCAGCAACAGAAAACCCUGAACCAAAACUAAAGGCGAUUGAACAAUUUUUAAGGCAAUUUUCAAGAGUGUUAGACAUAAAAGACCCUGAACCACCUUUAUUUACAAACCCACCUCAGCUUAUUCAGCCAUCACCUCGAGAAUUAGGGUUAUCAAUAGAUACAACAGGAUGCGGGACUUAUGUACCUGAUUACCCCUAUCGAAUAGACCGUGCAUCACAAAAUCAUUGUAAUUUCAUCAUUCAGACCCAGGAACCAAUUCUAAACGAACCAAUUCAACAACAUUUGCUCAAGAUUUACUUUCAGUUUAUUGAUCCAGUUAUACCUGUUCUUCACAAGCCUUCAUUUCUACACCAAUUGAACACAAAGCGAGUCAGUCGGCUUUUAUUAAAUGCCAUGUAUUGUGUUUCGUCUCGAUGGGAUUUAGUAGGUGUUCCUCAAGUUGAAGACGAACCUCGAGGAUGGAAAUACUAUCAAAAAGCAAUCAGUUUAUUGGAAGCUCAAAGGGAAGCUCAACUGUCGACAAUACAGGCUAUUUUCCUGAUGUUAAAAUAUAAUGAGCAUGUACGCCGACCGGGAUUCAUGUGGAGAACACGCUAUUAUUUUCAGACUGUUGUCCGCAUGUGCAAGGAUUUAGGCUUAGCACGUGAUAUUACUACGAUACCAGUGGUCGAAUUGGAAUGUCGAAAGCGUACUUUUUGGGCUGCUUAUUGUUACGAUACGAUGAUGAGUAUUGAAAAUGGAACACCACUUAAUUUUAUGGAGAUGCCUUGUUCCAUAGACUUUCCAAACAUCUUGACAGACGAAGCACACGAAUCAGAAAAAAUCCUUCAUUUUAUACUGCUUUCGAAAAUUAUGCGAAACCAAGCAGACAUCAUACAAUUUUUGCGCUGUAAGCAUCAAAAGCAGUUAGCGAUUGACUGGGAUGAACAGAACACAUAUCAAAAAUUGUUUAAUGAACUAUCAACCACUGUCAGUUUGAUUACUUCGACUACCAAAUCUCCUCGAAAAGAAAACAUUUGCUAUGCAGUAUGCUUUCUUUAUUUGUCUUAUAAUUCUGCGAUUAUUUUACUAUGUCGACCUUAUGAUCUCAAUCAAUGCAUCGAGCCUGCUCUUACCAUUAAAAAUAUCGUCGAAUUAAUACUUGAAUGCAAUGCAUUUGAAGACAUGUAUUGUUCAUUACGAGGCAUUCAGCAAAUUGUAUAUUAUUUAUCUGCCGCUAUUACUGUAUUUAAAGAGAGAAGUAUUGAAAGAGAGUAUCAAAUCACGUUGCAACUAGCACAAAAAUUGGCAUCGAUUUCGCCUGCUACUGAAAUUACUGGCAGCCAGAAAAACAAUAGAUAUUUUGUACAACAGCAAUACCAUGUACCACCAUAUUCAGCAGACACAACAUCAAGUAGUAUGAGCAUUGAUUCUACUAGCAUACCAAAUCAAGAAUCCUUAUUAGGCUUACUAUUACAAAACGAAAGUGACCCAAAUAAUAAUAAUAAUAUACCUUUAUUAUAUACACCCGAAUAAAUAACAAUAUUUGCUUAUUGACAUAAUAUAUAUACUGCUUUGGAAUGAAAACGUAAUUGUUAUCUGCAGCUAAUAAUACAAAAAUCCAAGCCUGUCCGUAAGCAUGUUUGGAAGUGCAUUUAGUCUAUACUCAACACAAAGGAAAUGCUUGGAAUGGGUUUUUGUGGUCCAAACGACUAUUCGUAUCUUCCAAGUUGAAAUACCAGAAGGUAGCUCACAGUUAAAGACUGCU